GAAAGUAAAGUUGAUAAAGUGAUACCAGAUGCGGAUGAAAGUGGUCCUUUUCCCACCGGCGAAUCACUCCUAGUCUUAGUUGAUGCAUGUUUUCGUUGGCCCGCGGUCGAAAUAUUGAGUUCUACUACAGCCACUACCAUUAUCAAUCGUUUAGAGAACAUAUUUUCCCAGUUUGGUUACCCUGAAGAAAUGGUAUCAGACAACGGCCCUCAGUUUACUUCCCACGAGUUCAAAUCAUUCCUACACAGUUGUGGUAUUAAACACCGCCUUAUUACACCAUACUGGCCUGCUGCGAAUGCCACUGUUGAAAGAUUCAACAAAACGUUAGGAAAAGCUGUCAAAGCUGCUCACGCGGAAGGUCGCAAUUGGAAACAAGAACUACCCAAAUUUUUGAUGAUGUACAGAGCAACAUCUCGUAUAUCUACUGGCAUCUCUCCCGCCGAGCUGUUUUUUGGUCGCAGAAAUAAAACAAAAUUGCCUCAUAUCCGUGUAGACCAGCCAAGUCCGACCCUAGAAGCUGCUUGUGAACAUGAUCACAACCACAAACAACGCACAAAAGAAUAUGCUGACAAGACCCAACAUGCCAUCUCGUCUACGAUAAAGGAGGGAGAUGUCGUGCUGUUAAAAGAACUAAAGAAAAACAAACUGUCCUCCUCGUAUGAUCCACAACCAUAUACUAUAAUCAAGAAGAAAGGACCAAGCGUAUUCUUAAAACGUGGAGACGAACCGUGCAUCAUGCGAAAUGUUUCGUUUGUCAGGAAAUUGCAGACACCGAACGAGAAAAGAUCAGAUCAAAAAUGUUGUACUUCUCGAACAGGUGAACAACAUCAAACCAAGCCAACGGAGAGACGGCCUGUACGUGGACACAAGCUACCAGCACGGUUGAAAGACUUUGUCUUGGAUUAA